UAAGGCUUCCUCCGUGCACUGAUAUGUGUCUCUCCCUCCUCCUCCUCCCCAGACCUCCCUCCGCUCUCUCCCUCCUCGCCUGGCGAUGAACAGCUGCCUUUGCAUGAAAAGAAGGGACGGUUUUCCACGCCUUACAGAACGCACUAUAAUGCCUGAGGUUCGGGACCUUUCAGAUGCUUUGUCUGACCUGUCUAUGGAUCCCAUCACUGGUGUUGGGGUAGUAGCAUCAAGGAAUAGAGCACCUACAGGCUACGACGUGGUUUCUCAGACAACAGACGGCCUGGAUGCAGAUCUUUGGAAAGAUGGUUUAUUUAAGUCCAAGGUGACAAGAUAUCUUUGCUUCACGAGAGUCUUCUCAAGAGAAAAUAGCCAUUUAGGGAAUGUCUUGGUAGACAUGAAAUUGAUUGAUAUAAAGGACACAUUACCUGUUGGCUUUAUACCCAUCCAAGAGACAGUUGACACACAGGAAGUUGCCUUUCGAAAAAAGCGUCUGUGCAUUAAGUUUAUCCCAAGAGACUCCACGGAGGCUGCCAUCUGUGACAUCCGCAUCCUGAGCCGCUCAAAACAGGCCCCACCUCAGUAUACGUUCAUAGGGGAGCUGAACAGUAUGGGCAUCUGGUAUCGAAUGGGGAGAGUUCCACGGGCUCCAGAGUCUCCACAACCUUCAACGCCUUCAUCCCCAUCUGCAGUGGUCACAUCUGCAUCUGCUCCAAACCUCCCAAGACAUAUAUCUCUGACGCUUCCUGCCACAUUCCGAGGUAGAAAUAAUACCCGUCCAGACUUUGAAAAUCAGCAGUCCAACCUGUAUGCAAUAUCAGCAAUGGAUGGCGUCCCUUUUAUGAUUUCCGAGAAGUUUGCAUGUGCGUCAGAGGCGAAAGAGGUUUCUUUGUUUCAGAUGCAGCAGGUUGAUCUUUUGGGCAUUACGAUCAAGUCCCUGGCCGAAAUAGAAAAAGAGUAUGACUACAGCUUCAGAACAGAACAGAGCGCUGCUGCCCGCCUGCCUCCCAGCCCUGCCCGGUGCCAACAGAUGCCCCCAUCGUGAGAUCCAGGAAGGUGGCUAAUGCAUUUGGCGCGCACAAGUACUACUGAGCAGAACCCAUUGCUGCUAACCAUAACUUCUAACCCCCUGCCCUGCCGGAGCGGCAGACGUGAAGAGUUGGUGGAGUUUUUUGUUUGUUUUUUUUCUAACAGAUUCUGUUUUUUUGUAUUGGUAUUUUGUAUAUAUAGCUACUUAAAAAAAAAAAAAAAAAAUCCCCCCCUGUUGAGUUGUAUUAUCAGUGCUGAGCCCUCCGGCUCGCAACGCUCCAGUGUUAACCUGUACUCAGUUUGUCUGCACACUUCCAGUCCCUCCCUAGUGGCGGUAUCCACGAGCAUUCAGGGACAGUGGCAUGUGAUGAUGCGGUAUCGCUUUAACCAAACACUGAGCACAUACUUCAUCUGUGAUCACAUCUGGCACGUGCCGAAGCCUGCACGUGCUUCAAUAAAAAGUGGAUUGUGCGUGGCAGAUGUGGAGACCCCAUCAUGUUCAGAAAUGUGAUGGUCUUGUGAUUAUUCCAUAGGUUUUAAAGGGGAAGGUCCAAGCUUGAGUCUCCUUUUUUUUUAAUGAACAGUUCCCACUCUUGUACAUAAGGUUUUGCCUGGGAUUGCUGCUCCGCCUGACACCCUUAAACGGGACCGAGCUGCAAUGCUAGACACAGCCUGUGGACAAGAGUGGCACUGUUUCUGGAAGCAUGCCCUUUUUUCUAUUCUAAACCUGGUCUGGCAUAUAAGAUAAAUGCUGGCGAUUUUGGCAGGACCGUCUGACCAUUGGAGCCCCAUGCGCAUGACUCUAUUUGGUUUUCUUAUAUAGAUCCUGUCCGUGUUGCAUCCACAUUUUCUGCAGACCCAUUGACUUUGAUGGGUCUGCAGUCCACAUUUUGCAGACGUGUAGGACAUGUUGUAUCUGUUUUCGGCAUGGAUAUACGGAUGCGCAAAGCAUCCAUCUGUCCAUUCCGCAAAAAGAUAGACUGUGCAAAAUGCGGACCAAGGACCCAUUGAAGUCAGUGGGUCUGCAAAAAAUGUGGAUGCAACACGGGCAGCAUCCGUAUUUUGUAGAUCCACGAGUUGUGACACCCAAAAUGGACACUAUGUAUGGGGACCUCCUGACCAUCCUGAUGCCAGAUGUUGGGGAGAUAUAAGGAUUGGGCACUUGGAUUUCAACGACCCCUUUUUGUUCUCGCGGAGAGUUGUCUUGCAGCAGCUUUUCCCACUCUUCCUAUUCAGGACACGUGCAUGCUCAGCCAAGCCGAGCCUGCACAUGUAUGUAGGGGCCACUAGACACUUUUUGAAAGUGCCCCUGUCUUCAUAUAAGGUUCCAUAUCAGUCCAUGGAAGCCCUCAACAGCCUAUUGAAAUGUCCUAGUGUUUGUAACUCCAGGCUUGAAAGACCUCAAGCCAAUGUGAAAGGGAAGAUACAGGUUCAGAAGAAAAUUAAAGUUCUUAAAUAUUCUUCAGUAGAAUUAUUAAUGGGUGACUACUAUCGUCACUUCCGUCCUCAUGGUCUCCCUUGGAGACAUCCUUCACAAGUUGCUUUGUAGGGAAUAUAGCACAAUGUUCUCUGAUUUUCUAGCCAUAGUGUCUAAAACGUGUGCUUCCCCUUUAAAUGUGAAACUUUCAGCCAUAAACGUGGUAGCAAUGGAAAAAUCUUAGGACCUUGUUCACACAUAUGACCCAUGUUAGCAACCCUUCCUCUGAAGUUUCUUCUAUAGAAGCUUGUACAGCACAAAUAGCCUUGGAUGAAGUCAGCAGUGUGUAGUAGACCAUAGGUUGGGCAAGUCCCACCCGUCAAUAGUAUGGGUGUUGACAGAACAUAUAUCUUCAGCUGGGCCAUACAUUUGCAAAAUGGACCAAUUUAGACUAUGUAACUUAAAGGGAUUUUCUGAUGAUACAGAUUUUUUUUUUUGCAAGUGGGCACAGCCUGCCCCCUAAAACAGAAGAUUCAUGCUUACCUGCUCCACUCCACCCAGGUCAUCUUCUGAUGCCCGCACAGUUUUCUUCCGGCGGUGCAUGGGCAUGGUUACAUGCACGGCUCCAGACAAUGACUGGCUUCAGCAGUGAUGUGGCCACCAACGCCACACAUCAGCUGCUAAAGCCAGUCAUUGGCUGGAGUGGUGCAUGGGACCAUGCCCAUUCCACUGCCGGAAGAUGGAUGUAGCGAAGGCAGCAUGGAAGACUGGAGCGGCAGGGAGCAGGUAAGUACGACUCUUCUGUUUCAAGGGGCAGGCUGCAGGCAACUGCUAAAAAAAAAUAAAAAAUCUGCAUUAUCGGAAAACCCCUUUAAAGCUGAUCUCUACAUCAAGACCUUCAGUUUUGUUAGAAAUGACUUAUGUACACAACGUUGUAUUAUCUGUCGAAAUUCAUUAGUCCUACCCCCAUAGCUUAAAGAGCACUAUUUUGGGCAUUGGUUGGGUACAGUUUGUGCCCAUAGAUUUUGGAGUUAAGCUGACCGUUUAAAUUACAUGAAUGUUGGCCAAAGCCUCCUAUUUAGGCUCGACCGAUCAACCAUCUAAUGUACAUGGGGACCCUCCAUGAAGGCAAAUGUUGAGGGAGAGACAGAUUGGCUGUUGGACUUCGACACGCCCGUUCCUUUUGUUCUAAGAUGAGAUAAGCUGCUGCCAGGGGUAUGGGACAGAGGCUUUCUCCUCAUUAGGAGCCAAACAUGCGUGUGUAUAUAAAGGGAUAGCUGUCGGCCAAACAUACACAUUAGAUAGUUGUUGCUCAAAUGCUUGGCCAGCCUAAGGGGCAUAGUCAUUGAUCAGACUUCAAUUCCAGAGUUUGUUCACGUGGGCUGUCCUCAGGAUAGGCCAUCACUAGCUGAUUGGCACUGGUCCGGCACCUCUCACCCCCGCCAAUCAGUUUUUUUGUGUAGUUCUGUCACCAGAGCAUCCCCAACAUUGUACGGCACUCGUCACUCACUUCUAUGGGAGCAGUGCUGCAGUUGACGAUACCCUGUAGCUCCGGUGACCACUUCUGAUGGCGUGUUACACAGAAGAGCUGAUCGGUGGGGGUGCGUAAUGCCGGAUCUUCACCGUUCAGCUAGUGAUGGCCUAUUCGGAGGCUUAAAGUGUAAUUCUCAUUCUUUUUUAUUUUAUUUUUGUAAUGUAUAGGGGCAGUAAUACUGACCAUUUUUGUAAUAUAUUUUAAUUACUGAAAUUGUACAUUUCUAUUAGAAAAAUAGCUCUAAAGUGGCCCAUUUUGAGCCUUAGCAAUGCUCCUCUGUCUCCUGUUUACAUAACUGUAGAGACUUGCGCAACACUGUGUUAUGUAAACAGAAGACAGAGGAGCUAAGGCUCAAAAUGGGCCACUUUAGAGCUAUUUUUUCUAAUAGAAAUGUCCAAUUUUAGUAACUAAAGUAUAUUACAAAAAUGUUCAGUAUCACUGCCCCUAUACAUUACAAAAAAAAAAAUAACAUGACAGUUACACCUUAACAACCCCUUUAACAACUCAAAAAUAUUAACAAUAGCAGGUAAUGAGAAAUAACUCCUCAUUUCUCUUUGGAUGUUCAUUUCUAAUGACCUUCUGAUCGCCUCCGCUCCUUCCACAAAUACUUUUGUGUGAAUAAAAGCAAAGCGCAACAAUGGUAAUUUUCUUGCUUCAUGAAGCUAAAAGCAGAUUAGAUGUUAGACAGAUGGCGUGAGCCAGAUAGUCUUGUGGGGCGUUUGAAAUUCUUUUUGUAUCAGGCACAUCCAGGAUACAUUUCAUAACCGACAGAUUUUGCGUAAUUAUUCUUCUAAAUUAAAAAUGCUGGAGGUUUACGAGAGGCAGUUCUGCAGGCUGUAACACAAUAUUGUGCGAGAGCCGGACUCUUAAUUAAAUCUUGAAUGGACUUUAGAAGAAAUGUAUUCUGUAAUUUCAAAAAAGGAAGAUGAUGAACCGGUUGAGUUAGUCAAUCAUUGAAUAUUUUAACUGGUUGUAUGGCCAUGGGGACUGAAGUUUUUUUGGGAUAGUUUAUUUGAACAGCAUAUUAAAAUUUUAUGGGUUUCCCGAUUUGCAGAAACUUCAGAAAUAAGUAUGCGGACCGUCAUCUGCUCUUGAAACCCUCAUCAAUAAGGGAUAUCUGUAACCAACCCGUUAAUUUUCCAUCAUUUAGGAUCUUCAUACCUUAAGAUACACUAAUAUCAAUGUCAGUUAUUUUGAAGUUAAAGGGAUUGUCUGGGAUUUUGAUAGCCUAUCCUCAGAUGUCUGAUUGGAGGGGGUCCAGUGCCUGACAACCCCCACCGAUCAGCUGUUUGAAGAGGCUGCCGCACCACAGUUUACCGAGCACAGUGCCAUACAUUGCAAAGUGAAUGUGCUUGGUAUUGCAGCUUACUCCCUCUCACUUGAAUUGGGUCUAAGCUGUGCGUAGGCCAUGACUGAUGAACGUGAUGUCACUGGCCUAGGAAGAAGUCACAGCGCUCACUAGAGUGCCUCUUCAAA